AUGAGCAGUCCAAAGAAUUCCAGCACGCACGUCGGUUUGAGACCUGAAAUCAGUGAGUUAAUUGUCUUGCAAAUGAUCUAUAGUUUGCUAAUGGCAAAGAAUGGUGGUCGUGGGCAACAAGUGUUGAGUAGCAGUGGUGGAGUGAAUGAGAGCAUGCAAGAUUCUAGCAUGAGCAACUCUGGGGCUCCCAAUGGACCUUUGUUCAGAGUGUCAUUGGUUAAACUAACAAACGAGAUUCAAAACAAUAUAUUAAUUAACCAAGUUAUAUCGAUACAAGAGAACCAAAGUAUGAACAAGAUUGGAAUCAACGAUAUACUGAAGAUAAUCAGUAACCUUUUCCCUGGACACAAGACAUCGUUAGUUGAUGGACAGAUCAGUUUCCACAAUUUGCAACUGAACAGUCUUCGAACUGAUCUUAUUAAAAAAUAUACGAAUUUUAAAACUCAAAAGCUCCAAACAAUCAAUAAGUUAGAAGAACGUAUAUCCAGUGUGAAGAACCACAACGAGGCACCCAGCAGUGGAGCUGCAACUCCAGUGUGGGGAACGAAAGCAAGCAUGAAUAAGGUUACGAAGAAGGAUAAGAGCAGGUCCAUGAUGGACCCUAAGAGAGAGAAACUGUUACAAUUGUAUCGUGACACAGUAUUGAAUAAAUUACAAGGUAAAAGUAAAAUAUUUGACGAUUUAUAUAGGACUAUUGAUGAGAACGAAAAGCAAAAGAAGACAAUCCCUAUUGGUAUAGUUAAGAGUAAGAUUGAAAUGGAACAUAUUAAAACUAAAACACCACAGAGUGUACAUGAUUUACAACUAAUAUUACAAAAAAGCAUAUGCGAUGGGUUAAUGAGAUUCCCUGUAGGUAGCAAAGAGUGGAAAUUAGCCAAACAGGUACAGUUAGAUUUUGACGAUACAGUCCAAUUCAUGAGAAGAGCAUUAGAAUAA